CUCGCGAUAGAGCAGCGGAUCGGCUUGACGGGCAGUCGAGGUUGCAGCAGGCAGAGGAAGACGGUGGAAGGUAACGCAGGGAGGCAGCAUCAUGGCGGACAGAGACAGUGGCAGUGACCACGGAGGGCCCAUCGCAGGCCCCGGCUCGCUGCCCCCGGGCGCGAUGGGCGCCAUGUCUCGGCUGCAGCACGACACCGAGGAGCUCGCCUCCAAACGUGUCGACAUCCAGAACAAACGCUUCUACCUUGAUGUGAAGCAGAAUGUUAAAGGCCGCUUCCUAAAGAUAGCCGAGGUCGGCGCUGGGGGAAACAAGAGCCGCCUGACUCUCUCUAUGUCCGUGGCCGUGGAGUUCCGUGACUAUCUCGGGGACUUUAUCGAACAUUACGCCCAGCUGGGCCCCACGAACCCAGACAUGGUGCAGGAUGAGCCCCGGCGGGCGCUGAAGAGCGAAUUCCUGGUGCGGGAGAAUCGGAAAUAUUACAUGGAUCUGAAAGAGAACCAGAGGGGGCGGUUCCUGAGGAUCCGGCAGACCGUUAAUCGGGGCCCCGGAUUGGGAAGCGCGCAAGGCCAGACCAUCGCUCUGCCGGCGCAGGGUCUCAUCGAGUUCCGUGACGCUCUGGCCAAACUCAUCGACGACUACGGCGUGGACGAGGAGCCGGCGGAGCUCCCGGAGGGCACCUCUCUCACGGUCGACAACAAGCGCUUCUUCUUCGACGUGGGCUCCAACAAGUACGGCGUGUUCAUGCGGGUGAGCGAGGUGAAGCCCACGUACCGGAACUCCAUUACGGUCCCCUGCAAAGUGUGGUCCAAAUUCGGCAACACCUUCUGUAAAUACGCGGAGGAGAUGCGGAAGAUCCAGGAGCGGAGUAGAGAGAAGCGGGCCUCCGAACUGCUACCUGAGGGCCCGCACGGCGCUGAUGACGGAGACGAUGACUGACUGAGGAGCGCAGGUGAACCGAGCGAGACGCAUCCUGAACUGUGAGAGAAUAGAAAAAUAAAAGAUGAAAAACCCGAGACUUUUUAACUGUAAGAUAGAACGAGAGUUUCCACGGUAAUCAACCCCCCCCCCCCCCCCCCCCCCCCCCCACACACACACACACACACAACCUCCACAGACAUGGCAGCACCUUCCGCUGCCUCCUCGCUCAUUUUACUGGAUGUCACCCCACUUACCACCCAUGUAACAGUAAGCCGCUGCUAUCAAGGAUGGAACUGUAAGAUAUGAACUGUUUCCUACUUGGUUUAAAUGACAAUGAACAGAGUGUUUAUAGCCUAUCUCUAUCAAUGACAUAUUUUGCACACAUCAAAGCUAUUUCAAAAAAAAAGAAAAGUAAAUGUUUUCAAACUGCAUAUAUGCUAAGAUUUAAUCAAAGUAAAAAGCAGAGGUCUAUUAUAUGAAUCGAUCGUCUUCAUGUUGAAUUAAUAUUUGACAUCAGCACAAAGAGAACAUCAUGUAUAAUGGAUUUUAUGAAACCAAAAUCAGAAACCAGAAGAUGUAAAGUUUACUUAUUAAGGUACGCAGAGUAAAGGUAAAAGCACUUGUAUGGAAUAAGAAGCACUAGAAGGUUUUUAUAAACCUGUCAGCAUGUCGGCUCAUGCUUUGCGAAGAAGUUGGAGUGUUGGACUCUGGUUUGACCUAAAGCGUGCUCAGCUUACAGUAUUUCUUUCAUGCAAUUCUGGAAAAGUUCAGACAGAAUUAAAAAGCCUUCACAGAGGGCCUUUAAAGAGGAAAAAAUGAUAUUAAUAUUGAUAGUGGGAUAAAUCUGAGCUUCUCUAUUGAAUAUCAACUUUCUUGCACCAUGUCCAUGUAAACCUAAAGGAGAAAAGUGCUAACUUAGAUGUACUAAUUAUGAUUUUGUGAAUCAGCUGUAAAAAAAAAAAAAAAAACGAGAUCCUUAUUAAGAGACCCACGUUUUCUGUGGGUAAAAGUCUUUGUUUUAUUCGUUUCUUUGUCACUCUUUUCCUCUGGUUGGUGUGGGGGAUGCAAAAAAAAAAAGAAAAAAAAAGGUCGAGGUCUCUUGGCGCAAGACGC